AUGGUGAAGAAGAUUGAACAUGACCAUCCUCUGUAUCUUACCUCUUUCAAUGUACCAGGAGUUGUGCAAAUUAGGAUUCAGCUCGUCGGAAUGGAGAAUUACACUCUUUGGAGUCGUGCGAUUGAACUCAAUCUCCUCACAAAGAAUAAAUUGGGGUUCAUUGAUGGUAGCAUUAAGCGAGAGGACUUCAUUGACGAUGUGGAGAAGAAACAGUGGGAUACGUGUAAUACGAUGGUGAUCUCUUGGAUAAUGACGAAUGUGAGCAAGGAGCUGAAUCUAUGGGAUGAAUUUGAUUCAAUUGUACCUCUUCCAUCCUGUGAAUGUGUUAAAUCUGAGGAUUAUACUGAUAGCAUGAUUAGACAGAAAUUGCUACAAUUCCUUAUGGGAUUGAAUGAUAGCUAUAUCCAAGCAUGCAGUCAAAUCCUUAUGAUGAAUCCUACACCAAGUGUUAAUCAAUGUUAUGCUAUGAUUGUGCAAGAUGAGAGUCAGAAAGCUUUGGGUGGAGAAAUUCAUGGAGGAAGUGAAAAUAAUGAUCACACUGCAUUGCUAAUAAAUAGACAUGAUGGCUCAGGAUUUGGAGGUUCAGGAUUUAAAGGAAGGGAGGUAGAGGAUAUGGAAAUUCUCAGAAGCAGCAAAGAGGAAGUGGUUCUUAUUGCGAUUAUUGUGAUAUGA